AUGGAACCCAGAAAUCACACAGAUGUUUCAGAAUUACUCCUCUUGGGAUUGACUGAGGAUCCAGAACUGCAGCCCCUCCUCUUCAGGCUGUUCCUGUCCAUGUACCUGGUCACCAUCCUGGGGAACCUGCUUGUCAUCCUGGCCUUCAGCUCUGACCCCCACCUCCACACCCCCAUGUACUUCUUCAUCUCUAACUUAUCCCUGGCUGACGUCGGUUUAAGCACAACCACGAUCCCCAAGAUGCUGGUGAACAUCCAAGCACAGAAUCAGCACAUCAGUUACUCAGGCUGCAUCGCUCCGAUUGGCAUUGUCAUGUUUUUUGGUGGAUGUGAAAGUUGUCUCCUUGCAGCAAUGGCCUAUGACCACUACAUGGCCAUCUGUCACUCCCUGAGGUACAUGGUCAUCACGAACUGCCGGCUCUGUGUUCUGCUCAUUCUGCUUUCCCUCCUCCUUAGCACUGGGGUGGCCCUGAUCCUUAGUCUGAUGGUGUCACGGCUGUCUUUCUGUAAGGACAUGGAACUCCCCCACUUUUUCUGUGAACUUCCUCAGGUCAUCAAAUUGGCCUGCUCUGAUACCCUCGUUAAUUAUAUCCUGAUAUAUUUUGCAACUGGCCUCUGUGCAGGUGUUCCUGUAUCUGGAAAAAUUUUUUCUUAUGCUCAAAUUAUGUCUUCUAUUUUGAGAAUUCCAUCAGCAGAAGGGAAGCUUAAAGCUUUUUCCACCUGUGGGUCUCAUCUGUGCAUUGUUUCCUUGUUCUAUGGGACAGUGUUUGGGGUGUAUAUUAGUUCUGUAGUUACUGACUCCUCCAGGAAGAGAACAGUGGCUUCAGUGAUGUACAUUGCGCUUCCUCAAAUGAUGAACCCCUUCAUCUACAGCCUGAGGAGCAGGGACAUGAAGGGGGCCUUGAGGAAAUUCAUCGGAAGGAUACCUACUCUCUGUGAUUAUGCCACUUAUUGUGGAAUCAGGUUUCUAGAAUUAGGGAAACCGAAGGAACCACGAGUGUGCCAUAGUGCAUGA